AUGGCUAAAUCUGGAAGUUUUGAUGUUACGGAGAACCAUGUUCAUAUCAAUUCCAAGGAUGUACCAUUUUGGCUGUCUUCUCGCCUGGGACUUGCUGUUAUUGGUUUCCUUGGUUUCAUCAAUGUAUAUGCUGUGAGAGUGAAUCUCAGCGUGGCUAUUGUUUGUAUGGUCAACCACACAGCCAUUCAAAAACAAUCAGACAACAUGACUAAUAUUGUAGCAUCUGAAUGUGAGGCCUCUUCCAACAACACUUCAGUAGACUCAAAUGAAUUGGGUGGAUACUUAGAAUGGGACAAGACCAUUCAAGGGACCAUACUUGGAUCAUUCUUCUGGGGUUAUCUGGUUGGCCAGGUGCCUGCCGGUUGGAUUGCCACCAGAUUUGGUGGGAAGUGGGUAUUUGCCAUUACCAUGCUAAUUGCUUCUGUUGCUACUGUUCUUACCCCAGUGCUGGCAGAUGUCCACUACGCAAGUCUCAUAGCAAUACGUGUUAUACUUGGAAUUGUCACUGGCAUGACAUUUCCAGCCAUGCACACAAUCUGGGGUAAAUGGGCACCACCACUUGAGAGAACAAAGUUAAUAACCUUUACCUAUGCUGGAGCUCAGGUUGGCAUAGUAAUCACAUUCCCUUUGUCAGGUGUCCUAUGCAAAUAUGGGUUUGCUGGAGGGUGGCCAUCUGUGUUUUAUGUCACAGGAGUUGUUUGCUUUAUUUGGACCAUCUUUUGGAUACUUCUUGUCAGUGAUGAUCCAGCAAAUCAUAAAAGAAUCUCACACAUUGAGAAGGAGUACAUCAUGUCCUCUUUGAAAACCAGCAGAGUGUCAGACAAGAAGCAUAUUUCAGUUCCCUGGCUGAGCAUCUUUAUGUCACUGCCUGUGUGGGCAAUAAUAGUAGCCAAUGUUGCAUCAGACUGGGGAGCCUAUACUUUACUUACCAACAUUCCAACAUACAUCAAUGAAGUGCUCAGAUUUGAUAUAACUUCUAAUGGUUUUGUAUCUGCAUUACCAUACAUUGCAUUUUGGGCAGUGAUUAAUAUAGGAGGAUGGCUGGCUGAUUCUUUGCGCAACAAGGAGUACCUAUCAACAGGAGUUACAAGAAAAGUCUUUACAGCAUUUGGUAAAAUUGUUCCUGCACUCAUGUUGAUAGGCCUUGGAUAUGUUGAUUGUUCCCAGUCUGGUUUGGCCAUUGGCUUGCUGGUGUUUGCUGUGUCUCUGACAGGAACUCAAUACAGUGGAUUUCUAGUGAACCAUGUAGACAUUGCCCCAGCUUUUGCUGGUAUUUUGUUUGGGAUUAGUAACUCGCUGGCUUCAGUAACAGGAUUUAUAUCUCCAGUUGUCGUGGGUGUAAUAACUGAGAGUGGUCAGACCAGAGCUGAAUGGCAAAUAGUGUUCUAUAUUGCUGCUGCUAUAUACAUUUUUGGUGCGACUUUCUUUGUUAUUUUUGCAUCUGGAGAUCUGCAGCCCUGGGCUGAGGUUGGAGAACUAGAAAGCAAAAGUCGAGAAGUAGAGUUAACUGCUGACGUCAAUGGGGAAGAACAAGAAAUGCUGUCAGAUAAUAAUGAAUUGGUUUAG